AUGCGCUUGACUCCUCCUCGUGGUGUCACCCGCGGAUAUCGUCUCCUGUCUCGCUCGCCAAUGCAACACAAUGAAAACAUCAACCCUCGCAAGGUUGAUUGGAGACGUCGUUCGCCGUCACCACCGAGACCCCGCCCUGAUCUCAUUUCGAAUGAACACUCCGGCGCUGCUAGUGUGACUAGCUCGAGACGCUCAUCUCCGCCGAUCCAUCCCAGCAGACUCGCCGCCAUCGAUCCCUUGCCCAAGGAAGAUUUGUUCGCCAACCGCGCUCCUCGCCCUGUCUCGCCAGCUCUUGUCCCUAAGAGAUCACCUGUUGUUUCCAGACCUCGUUCGCCCAUCCUUUCACGACCUAGAUCGCCCAUACCCUCCAGACCAAGAUCACCAGUCGUACCUCCAGUAGAUGUCCGCUCACCUAUUCGUAAGCGCGAGCCCACACCUCCUCGUGAGCGUGAUAUUCCUACUGGUCCAGCUAUCCGUGCUCCUCCAACAGGGCCUGCGAGACAAGAUGAAGCGCCGCAAGUAAGAGCGCCUCCGACAGGACCUGGUGCUUCCAGAUCAUACGCUCAGGCUGCUGGUGAUGUUCCUAUCCCUACUGGGCCCCGAAUGAGAGCCAACUCACCUCCCACACACCCAAGAGGAGGCAUAAUGUCAAGAGGAGGAUUCUCUCGAGAACUCCGAGACUUUGGCUCACGUGGAGACUACCAUGGGCUGCGUGGAAGAGGAGGACCUUAUGGAGGACCAUCAUACCGUGGAGGCCGUGGCGGUGGCUAUGCUACACAACAUAAUAGAGACGCAGACUUUGCCUCGGCACCGCCUUCAGGUCCUCGUGGCUCAAUCAGUACACACGCUCCCCCACCUCCUUUCAGAGGUGGCGCGCACACUUCAGGGACAUACCCACGCACCACACGCUUUGCCCCAAAUGGAGCACCACUGCCCUCCGGACCCAAAGCAGACGUAGUCAUGGGCGGCAUGGGCGAGUUUGACAGAGGACCCAAGCCUGGCAAUGCCUACCUUGCAGACCUGCCUCGAAUCGUUGACGGCGGAGUCAAGGCACCCGAACUUUACGACAGAGGACGCUUGAACAAGCUAGAGGACGAGGCAGAAAAGCUGCGACAAGUCAUAGAAGACAAGCAAGCACGGAAGCGCAAAGGGUUAAAAGAAUGGGCCAAGCUCAGCCGUGAGAGCGAGACUGCGAGUUUUAGAGCGCAGUUGGCCGAUGAGAACGUGAGAGCGCUUGCUGGAGAGACUGAUGGCGGCGCUGCGUUUUAG